AUGUCCGACCCCCCGACCCAACUUUCCCUACCCCCUACUCUCCCUUACCCAAUCGCCAUCACCCGACUGCUCGUCGCGCCAGGUAACUCCGUCAAGAGGGGUAGUCCUCUACUGGAAUAUUCCUUCAUGUCCAAAGAGCAGCGCGAGGCUAUAUCGAAGAGGCAGAAAGAAGGUCGAAGAGCAGAUAUAUCCAAAGGCGAGAUUGAAGGCGAUGAUGGUUCGGGCACUUGGGAUUGUUUAGUUGAUGGUGAGGUAGCAGGAUGGGAGGGCUGGAUCAAAGUGGGAGUGAGGAUCGAAAGAAGACAAUCGAGUCAACCACUCCUGAACGUCCAUCAGCCGUGCUCGCAUCCUGUUCAAUUACACGGAAUGUGUGGGGUAUGCGGUGCAGACCUCACAGAGGACGACUAUCUCUCUGUACCUGCUCAAGCAAGUAGUUCGAAUCAGGCUGGACCUUCAAGAGGAUUCGAAGUGACCCACGACUCGAUGGGUGUGACAGUAUCCAAGAACGAAGCACACCGAUUAGAUAACCUAACUCGAGAUGCGCUUCUAUCCUCACGUAAACUAUCAUUAAUCGUUGACCUAGAUCAAACUAUCAUCCAUACCACUGUCGAUCCAACAGUAGCAGAAUGGAUGGACGAGAUCGAUCAGUAUAAUCGCGAAACGGAAUCUGCAUCACCUCAACAACCCCAGGAUCAACGUUCUACCACUCCCCCUGCCUUACCUCCCGAUGCAAAUGACAAAAUCAACACUACCCCACCUACAUCUCCUCAUAACGCCAAUGCCACCCUACCUCAACUCCCGCCUUCUCCACCAAGAGAAAGAGAACGGAAUCCCAAUACCGAUGCUCUCAAGGAUGUAGCGAGAUUCCAAAUUGCCGAUGACCUUCCACCGGGUUAUGUCAAACCCAAGAUCAAGCCCGGUCAGGAGAAGAUGAUACAGAUGCAAGGUCGAUGGUAUUUUACUAAACCAAGACCCGGAUUACAGAAAUUUCUCGAUGAGAUGUCAGAGCUGUACGAGAUGCACGUAUACACUAUGGGAACGAGGUCGUACGCCGAUGCGAUUUGCAAUGUCAUUGAUCCCGACGGUAAGAUCUUUGCAGGGAGGAUAUUGAGUAGGGACGAGAGUGGAAGUUUCAGCUCGAAAAAUCUUAAAAGGCUGUUCCCGACUGAUACGUCCAUGGUGGUAGUGAUAGAUGAUAGGUCGGAUGUUUGGGCGGAUUGUCCGAAUCUGGUAAAGGUCGUACCGUACGACUUUUUCCUUGGAAUCGGAGAUAUCAACUCAUCCUUCCUGCCCAAAAAUAAAUCCACCCCAUCGCCCUCAUCCACUGCCACCUCUCCGACAGCCGCUUCAUCGCCCGCUUCCUCAUCUGAUCUGUCGACUCCACCACCAGCUACCCCUGAAGAUGUACCGUCGAUCGAAGAUGGUUUGUUGUUGAAAGCGAAAUUACUCGAUGAUCUCAGUGAGAGCAGACCGUUGGCUAAGAUGCAGGAAAAGUUGGAGCAUGACAUCCAGCCGGAUGGCGAAAGGGACAAAGUAGACGUUUUUCCGAUCGGUGCAAAGUCCGAAACCGACGAAGUGGAUGGUGCUCCAACGGGGCAGACAGCUCCUGAUGUUGAAGUGGAACAAAACGAAGGCGCGAGCGAAAGUACACUGAGCCCUACGAUACCAUCAACACCACCUAGAGCUAAGAAACCACUGUUGAAUCCAAAUGAUUACGAGCUGCUCAGAGUGACCGAUAUCCUCACUGAGAUCCAUCACCGAUUCUACCGAGCAUUUGAUUCUCUCGAAUCGUGGGAUCCGAGCACAUCUCUACCUAUGAGUUGCGAUGUCGAGUUCAUCAUUCCCGAGCUAAAAUCCAAAGUGUUGGAAGGGUGCAACCUAGUAUUCAGCGGCUUGAUACCUCAAGCUGUUAAUCCUGAGACAACCGAGAUAUGGCAGACUGCCGAAACGUUUGGAGCUCUCUGUUCUCUAUCCGUUCACCCACGCAUAACCCAUUGUGUCACUGCUACGCUCAAUACGGAGAAGACUUAUAAAUCCAGUAGAAUACCUGACGUUAAGAUAGUCUGGGCGAAUUGGUUUUGGGAUAGUAUAGCAUUGUGGAAUAGGCAGGACGAAAACAAGUAUUUCGCGCAGAAGGAGAAGCAACGGUCGGAUCCUAUUACACCAGUCUUAGUAGCUGAGGUACUUGAGAAUACGAAUCGAAAUGGGAGUAAUGGGGAAUCAUCCUUGGUCCAGAACGUGGAUAAUAUCGACCAAAAAGAGAAAAAGGAUAGUGCAGAUGAUGGAUUAGAUGGUCCGACAGAGGAAGAAGGGGAAUAUGAAGAUAUGGACGAUGAUGCUCAAGUGGGAAAAGGGUGGGACGAAGGUGCAGAUGCCGAGUGGGACGCAUUCAUGGCUGAAGAUGAUGAUGAUGAAGGGUAUGGGACAGAUAGUGGUAGUGUCAGAUCUAUUAAUACUGCCCCCUCAACGCCUAGCAAGAAGAGAGUGAGAUAUGCGGACGAAGAGAGUUUGCCUUUGGAGGAUUUCAAAGAUCCAUCGCCUACUGACCCAGAUGAUCAACCUGCCAAAAGACGUAAACCGUUGUUGCUUGAAGCUGCCACUGAAAAUGAUCAGAUACCUGCAGAGAAUCGAUUCCAGUAUAAAGACAAGGGCAAAGAUAAAGGACAAGGAACAGGAAAGACAGAUGAUAGUCAUGUACCAGUCGUCACGCGGGGAGAAGAAGAAGAGAAAGAUGUGGAUGAGCAGAGUGUAGCUGAGACCGAAGGUACGGAAGGUGCAGAACAAGAUGAGUUCGCUAUGAUGUUGAUGGAUAGUCUGGCCAAUGGCGAAGAAGCUGAGGGGGAAGAAGAAGAAUAA